UCCAACAGAUUCAUUAAGUACUUUGGGGUGUCAGUAGCAUCACAACUUAACAUAGAAAGUAUAUUGGUUAUAGCGUCUGGUUGUUGUGUAGAUUCUGUAGAAUUGGUAAGGUCACCUAACAAAGUUACGUUUUGUUGUUUUAGAUCGAUUUUUAUUCGAUUUCAGCAAGUUGUUUUGUAGGUUUCAGGCACCUGAAAUAAAUGCCAAAAGGUCUUUAGUGAAGUACAAUUAUUACGUUAAAAUAAAUUGAAUAAAGGUGUUGUACGAACCGUUAAAGACAGGUCAAAAUUGUGAAUUGUUUGUCGUUGCAUAUGUUUUAAAAGUUAGUUCGGUUAAUUAGAUAGAGUAAAAACGUUAUACACAAGUUGUGUAUAAUUGAUACUUGAAGUUUUAAUGCAUUUGGUUUAAAUAUAACUAUAAUAUAUAUACUCAAUUUUUAAUUAUGUGUGUGCAUUAUAGAUGUUUAACUUGUUUUUAUAGUUUUGUUGCUGACUGUGGCAGCAAGUUGGUAUUUUUUUGGAAUCAUGAUAAUCAGUUUAACUUCACUGGAAAAACAUAAAACCAAAGAUGAGUGAUUCCAAGACUGUGAGCAAUUCCACCAACUCGAAUAACGUGGCUUCAGUUUGUGAUACAACUGUGGACAACCUGGCAUCCUCUGUUUCCACUGUGAAGUUAGGAAAUACAAACACAUCAUCUACAGAACAUAAACUUAACAGUUCACCAUCAACCCCAAAAGGAGAAAAUGUCCAGAAUUCAAAUCCAGCAGCAGGGGACACGGCGGCAACUUUAAACUCUGUUGGCAAUUUAAAUCUCCCCCAUGUUACACAACGUGGGUUAGAACAAGGUGCUACGGGUGGAGGGUCGCGGUCACCUGAAUAUUCAGUGGGAAGAGUGGAAAGGAAGCUUUCACUCAAUGACUUGGAAAUUCUAUCUACAAUAGGUACAGGUACGUUUGGCCGUGUUGUUCUGGUGAAAGAGAAGCACACCAAAGAACAUUUUGCACUGAAAGUAAUGAAGAUAUGCGACAUCAUUAAACUAAAACAAGUCCAGCAUGUGAAAAAUGAAAAAUCAAUUUUAAAUCAAAUUCAGCACCCUUUUAUUGUUCAAUUGUUUUGGGCGGAUCACGACAAUUCCUUCUUGUACAUGUUGCUUGAGUUUGCUUGUGGUGGGGAACUAUUUUCCUACUUAAGAAAUGCAGGUCGUUUUAACAAUUCCACCUCAUUGUUCUUUGCCUCUGAGAUUGUGUCAGCAUUAGAAUACUUGCAUCAACGUCACAUUGUUUACCGGGAUCUUAAACCAGAGAAUGUUUUGCUUGAUAGAGAUGGACAUACCAAGCUAACUGAUUUUGGAUUUGCCAAAAAAGUAGAAGACCGGACAUGGACUCUCUGUGGCACGCCUGAGUACUUGGCUCCUGAAGUAAUUCAAAGUAAAGGCCAUGGAAGGUCUGUGGAUUGGUGGGCGCUUGGAAUUUUAACUUACGAGAUGCUUGCUGGUUUUCCACCUUUCUGGGAUGAAAGUCCGUUUGGAAUUUACCAAAAAAUUCUCCGUGGAAAAGUUGAGUUUCCAAAGAACAUGGAAGGUUAUGCUAAGGAUUUAAUAAAAAAGUUGCUGACUGCUGAUCGCACACGUCGUCUCGGUAACAUGAAGAAUGCAUCGGAAGACGUGAAGAAUCAUAAGUGGUUCCGUAAUAUUGAUUGGGAUGCUGUUGUAGAAAAGAAAAUGAUUCCACCCAUCAUUCCUAAAGUGAAACAUAGUGGAGAUACUCGCAACUUUGAAGAUUACCCUGAAGAUAACUGGCAGACAACAGCUGCAGCUCAACCAAAGGAGUUGAGCGCCUUCACUGACUUCUAACCAUCCAAACAACAGCUUGAAUUAUUCCAAAUAAAAUUUUAACUUUUUGCGAGCAACAAUUUUAAAUUUUUACCAUUUUCUUCAUACCCAUUGUGCCCAAUCACUUUAAUGCAAAUAUAUUUUUGGUUGAAUUCCUAACAUUCCUUAAUCGAGUUUUUUGUUGCCAAAUGCCUAUCAUGCGUGCUCUAUAUUCCUGUUUAGUUUGCACAAACUUACCUAUGCUUUUAUUUUACCGAAAAUCCACAAAAAAAUUUGCCUACCCCCCAAACAUUUCUCAUGUCCUUCCAAACAUUAUACACAUUUUUAAAUUUUAACAUUUUGUUCCCUUGCCAUGUCAAUAUUUUUUCAAAACUAAAAUUAGAAAAGAUUUAUUUUACUUUGAACUUUUAAGUAGCGCUGACAAGUCUUAUUCUCAGGUUGCGAAUGCGCCUAUGUGUGUGUUCCUAGUACUUUUAUCUGCAUUUCCACCCUCAACAACCAUCUUACACAAAGUCGCUAUCUAGAUUUCUUUGCUAAGCUUACCUACCACUUAAUAAAGUGGUGCCACACAAUAUUACACAAAAAAAAGGUGUGACCCCUAAAUGUGCACUGUGACCAUAUAGAUACAAAAGUUUCGAAACGCAAUAUUUUCCCAAUAGUUUCAACAUUGUGUUUUACCCUGGUUUGAAUGUAAUCUUCUUCAUAGAAACCUAUUUCUUCAAGAUUUCAAUUUUUGUGUGUUCUAAUUUCUUAGUGUUUCUCAAUAGCUUUAUA